GAAAAGCCACUUACAAGAAUAUAUGGAAUUCUUAGUGAUAUCAAAACAGUUUCUCUGAAAAUUUGGCUAAUUACAGAAUUAUGGUUCGACUAACAGUGGAUCUAGUUGCUAAAAGCAUCAAUCACAAAAACCGCAAAGAAGAAUCUCUGGCACAUUACCUGAGAAAGAUAACUCACCUGAACUUAUCAGAUAAAAAUAUUGAUACAAUUGAUGACCUCUCUUUGUGCAGAAAUCUUAAUGUCCUGUAUUUGUAUGAUAACCAAAUUAGACAAAUCCAUAACUUAUGCUUUGCUUCAAAUCUAACACACCUGUACCUGCAAAACAAUUGCAUUUCAUGUAUAGAGAACCUCACAUCACUGAAAAAACUUGAGAAACUGUAUCUGGGGGGCAAUUACAUCACAGUAGUAGAGGGCUUGGAAACAUUAGAAGAACUGAGAGAGCUACAUGUUGAAAGCCAGCGGCUUCCUCUUGGAGAAAAGCUCUUGUUUGAUCCAAGAACUCUUCAUUCCCUGGCAAAAUCUUUGUCAGUGUUGAAUAUCAGCAAUAACAAUAUAGAUGAACUGGGAGAAUUAGCACUUCUGGAAAAUAUUUCUCAUCUUAUAGCAGUUGACAACCAACUUCACCAUGUGAAGGAUUUGGAGUUUGUAUUGAACAAAUGGACCAAGCUGUGCAGAAUGGAUCUUAAAGGGAAUCCUGUUUGCCGCAAACCAAAAUACAGGGACAGGCUUAUUAUACAGUCAAAAACUCUAGAAUCCCUUGAUGGCAAAGAAAUAAAAGAAAUGGAAAGACAAUUCCUAAUGAAUUGGAAAGCAUCCAAAGCCUCUAGGAAAAAGAGCAAGGAAGAGAGCAUGACAGAUGAGCAUGCAGCUUAUCCACAUUUCUAUGACUUUGGAACAGGCCAUCCCAUUGUUCCUGUUUAUUACAAUCCUUCUGGAAAAGGAAAACCAAAAUUUGUUAUUUUAUCUGAGCUACAUAGGUCUCCACAUAACAGAGAAGAACCUCUGCAAAGACCCCAGGAAGGAAGUAAUGUUAAUGUUAGCAAAAAAAUCAGGCAGGGCCCAAGCACAUUGACAGCAGUGUGCUCUUUUGGUGCCCCCACAAGAUACUGGACCGAUCCCAUGACAAAACUCUUUGGCCAGAAAUGGAAAGAAUGUGCUUACAACAAAACGGAAUGGUGUGGCGGCGACUUGCGUUCUGUGGAGGAAUGGACGAGGACAAGCCGGACAAAGGUGACAAGAUACUGCUGCACAGGGGUUCUCCCUCUCAUAGGGGGACUCUUCUCUGCCACACAAACAUCACAUUUGUAUCAGUUUUCUACAUCCUGUCUGCAUUUCAUCCAAUAG